AUGCUCUACGACCUCAAUAUCCCGUGGUCCCCGACCACGGCGUCUACCGAUCUCUCCCGCACGAUAUCCUUCGCCUCCUCGCUGGGCUAUAAGAUUCUCGCCCUGAACCAUACAAUAACGCCGCCGAUUCCGUCCCAGAUUACCAACCCGCUACCAAAGUUCCCCUCGUCUCCAACAGCCGCUCCUGCCACGCCUGGAAUCGCCUCCUCGCAGCAGCCGCAGGUGCAGCAGAAGAAGCAGCCUAAUAUUCUCCACCGCGUGACGGUUCUCCUCUCCGACCCCUCCCAGAACUACCGCCUCCCCGCCCUCGCCGCCGCCUACGACAUCCUCGCCGUGCGCCCCACCACGGAGAAGGCCUUCCAGGCCGCUUGCCUCUCCAUGGCCGAGCCCUCCCUCAUCUCCCUCGACCUAACGCAGCACUUCCCCUUCCACUUCCGCCCGAAGCCGCUCAUGGCCGCCGUCGCCCGCGGCGUCCGGUUCGAGGUGUGCUAUGCCCAGGUCCUGACCGCCCCGGACACUCGCGCCAGGGCCGUCUUCGUCUCCAACCUCGCCUCCCUGGUGCGCGCGACAAAGGGAAGGGGCAUCGUCGCGAGCUCCGAGGCGCGCUCCCCGCUGGGCCUGCGCGCCCCGAACGACGUCGUGAACCUCCUCGCCGUCUGGGGUCUCGGCAGCGAGAGGGGCACCGAGGCGCUAGGGGUGAACCCGCGCGGGGUCGUCGUGAACGAGGGCAUCAAGAGGAGCGGCUUCCGCGGGGUCGUGGACGUGAUUGAAGUCGGCGGGCGUGAGGACGACGUCAAGCAACAGCAGCAGCAGCAGCCGCGGCAGCAGGGGAAGAAGAACGGCGGCAAGGGUAAGGGGGCCAAGGACGUAAAGCAAGGCGAAGGCGAGGACAAGGGCAACGGGCAGAAACGCAAGACACCGGACGAGUCGGGCGACGGUACGCAGCAGACGAUAAGCAAGAGACAGGCCAAGAAGUUGAGGGUGGCAUUGAAGGAGAAGGAGAAGGAGGCGACAUAG